ACAGCCUGGUGUCACGCUUGUCCUCCACUGACUCUACUCCACUCAUCGCAGGUCAGAGGGCAGGCACUUGCAGGAAGUAGAGGAAAGAUUUCACUCCUGACAAAAUGCUUUGCUCUGUGUAGGACGGGCUCUUAAACCUCGACUUUAAAUGAUGCCUGUGUGAUCUGUCACUCAGCCACACUCUGAUCCAUGUGACCUCCGCCAGCCUCGUGUUUGCCUUUGGUGGGGGGUUAGUGCCUGGAGUUGUCUUGAUCUGGGUGCACUGAGGGAGUGCUCCCAGGGUUCAUGGAAACUGAGCUCAGCACUUGGCAUUUGUGCACUUGGCUAUAGUGCGUACCCUUCCCCAGGAAGCUAGGGGAGUGUGUGUCCCGUGGUGACCACGGAGACCUUUUCCUCACACUUGUGUUUUCUUGUCCAGCUGAAGCUAGAGGACCGCUCCGUGGUGCCCCGGGAUGUGGUCCGGCACAUGCGCUCCACUGACAGCCAGUGUGGCACCGUGAUAGACGUCAGCAUCGACUGCGCGGUCAAGCUCAUCGGCACCAACUGCAUCAUCUACCCCGUCAACAGCAAGGACCUGCAGCACAUCUGGCCCUUCAUGUACGGGGACUACAUCGCGUACGACUGCUGGCUGGGAAAGGUCUACGACUUGAAGAACCAGAUCAUUCUGAAGCUGUCCAACGGUGCCAGGUGCUCCAUGAACACGGAAGACGGUGCCAAGCUCUACGACGUCUGCCCACACGUCAGCGACUCAGGCCUCUUCUUCGACGAUUCCUAUGGCUUCUACCCAGGCCAGGUGCUCAUUGGCCCUGCCAAGAUCUUCUCCAGUGUCCAGUGGCUGUCAGGAGUCAAACCUGUACUCAGCACCAAGAGCAAAUUCCGGGUGGUGGUGGAAGAGGUGCAGGUUGUGGAGCUGAAAGUCACAUGGAUCACCAAGAGCUUCUGUCCCGGGGGCACGGACAGCGUCAGCCCCCCACCCUCUGUCAUCACCCAGGAAAACCUAGGCAGGGUGAAGCGUCUUGGAUGCUUUGACCAUGCUCAGCGGCAGCUCGGGGAGCGCUGUCUGUUUGUCUUCCCAGCCAAGGUAGAGCUGGCCAAGAUUGCCUGUGAAUGUCCAGAAAAACACUGCGCCCAGGGGGAGGGCUCCAUGGCCAAGAAGGUGAAGCGCCUGUUGAAGAAGCAGGUGGUGAGGAUCAUGUCCUGCUCCCCCAACACCCAGUGUUCUAGGGACCACUCCACGGAGGACCCAGGCAAGAAAGGAGGGGCCAAAGCCAAGAGUGAAACGGGGUCCGCCAGCCCUGAGGAGACACCUGAUGGGUCCGCCAGCCCAGUGGAGAUGCAGGAUGAGAGCCCGGAGGAGGCCCUGGAGGCCGGCGAGCAGCUGCCCCCCUUUCUGCUGAAGGAAGGCGGAGAUGACAGGCUGCACUCUGCAGAGCAGGACGCCGAUGACGAGGCCGCCGACGACACGGACGACACGAGCUCAGUCACCUCCUCUGCCAGCUCCACCACCUCCUCCCAGAGUGGCAGCGGCACAAAUCGCAAAAAGAGCAUCCCUUUGUCUAUCAAGAACCUAAAGCGAAAACACAAGAGGAAGAAGAACAAAAUCACCCGUGACUUCAAGCCGGGGGACAGGGUGGCGGUGGAGGUGGUGACCACGAUGACCUCGGCAGAUGUGAUGUGGCAGGACGGCUCUGUGGAGUGCAACAUCCGCUCCAACGACCUCUUCCCAGUGCACCACCUGGACAACAAUGAGUUCUGCCCUGGGGACUUCGUGGUGGACAAGCGAGUCCAGAGCUGUCCAGACCCCGCUGUCUACGGUGUGGUGCAGUCUGGGGAUCACGUGGGCCGCACCUGUGUGGUGAAGUGGUUCAAAUUGCGGCCGAGUGGGGACGACGUGGAGCUGCUCGGAGAGGAGGAAGAUGUGAGUGUUUAUGACAUUGCUGACCACCCUGACUUCCGGUUCCGCACAACGGACAUCGUCAUCCGCAUCGGCAAUGCUGAGGAUGGGGCUCCUCACAAGGAGGACGAGCCGUCCGUUGGCCAGGUGGCCCGUGUGGACGUCAGCAGCAAGGUGGAGGUGGUGUGGGCUGACAACUCAAAGACCAUCAUCCUGCCCCAGCACUUGUACAACAUCGAGUCUGAGAUCGAGGAGUCUGACUACGACUCAGUAGAAGGCAGCACCAGUGGAGCAUCCUCUGAUGAGUGGGAGGAUGACAGUGACAGCUGGGAGACAGACAAUGGGCUGGUAGAGGAUGAGCAUCCCAAGAUAGAGGAGCCCCCCAUCCCACCCACUGAACAGCCGGUGGUCCCCGAGGAGGACAAGGGCGUGGUGAUCAGCGAAGAGGCUGCCACGGCUGCCAUUCAGGGGGCUGUGGCCAUGGCCGCCCCAGUGGCUGGACUGAUGGAGAAGGCUGGCAAGGAUGGGCCCCCGAAGAGCUUCCGGGAGCUGAAGGAGGCCAUCAAGAUCCUGGAGAGCCUCAAGAACAUGACCGUGGAGCAGCUUCUCACAGGCUCGCCUACCUCCCCUACGGUGGAGCCCGAGAAACCGACUCGGGAGAAAAAGUUUUUGGAUGACAUCAAGAAGCUACAGGAAAACCUCAAGAAGACCCUAGACAACGUGGCCAUCGCCGAGGAGGAGAAGAUGGAGGCUACGCCAGACACAGAGCGCAAGGAGGACAAGCCUGAGGCACAGUCUCCUGUGAAGGCUGAGUGGCCCAGCGAGACCCCGGUGCUCUGCCAGCAGUGCGGCGGCAAGCCCGGCGUCACCUUCACCAGUGCCAAGGGCGAGGUCUUCUCUGUACUGGAGUUCGCGCCCUCAAAUCAUUCUUUUAAGAAGAUUGAGUUCCAGCCUCCAGAAGCCAAGAAGUUCUUCAGCACAGUGCGGAAGGAGAUGGCCCUGCUGGCCACCUCGCUGCCCGAUGGCAUCAUGGUCAAGACCUUUGAGGAUAGAAUGGACCUCUUCUCAGCCCUGAUCAAGGGCCCCACUCGCACCCCCUAUGAGGAUGGCCUCUACCUGUUUGACAUCCAGCUUCCCAACAUCUACCCGGCUGUGCCCCCCCACUUUUGCUACCUCUCCCAGUGCAGUGGCCGCCUGAACCCCAACCUGUAUGACAACGGGAAGGUGUGUGUCAGCCUCCUGGGCACCUGGAUUGGAAAAGGGACAGAGAGGUGGACAAGCAAAUCCAGCCUUCUCCAGGUGCUCAUCUCCAUCCAAGGCCUGAUCCUGGUGAACGAACCGUACUACAACGAAGCGGGCUUUGACAGUGACCGGGGCCUGCAGGAGGGCUACGAGAACAGCCGCUGCUACAACGAGAUGGCGUUGAUCCGCGUGGUGCAGUCCAUGACCCAGCUGGUGCGGCGGCCCGCCGAGGUCUUUGAGCAGGAGAUCCGGCAGCACUUCAGCUCUGGCGGCUGGCGGCUGGUGAACCGCAUCGAGUCCUGGCUGGAAACGCAUGCCCUGCUGGAGAAGGCCCAGGCACUGCCCAACGGCGUCUCCAAGGACAGCAGCUCUGCAGGGCUGCCUGCUGCGGCCGAGCUCUCAGACAGCGGCCGGGAGGAACCUGAGGAUGGCGGGCUGGCCCCUGGAGAGGCCUCCCAGGGCUCAGACUCAGAGGGCGGUGCCCAGGGCCCAGCCACAGGCAGCAGGGACCACACAGACCAGACCUUGGAGGCAGCGCCAGACGCCUCGGUGCCACCCAGUGUCAAACCAAAGAAGCGGAGAAAGAGCUACCGGAGCUUCUUGCCUGAGAAGAGUGGCUACCCUGACAUCGGCUUUCCCCUCUUUCCACUCUCUAAGGGGUUCAUCAAGAGCAUCCGGGGGGUCCUGGCACAGUUCCGGGCUGCUCUGGUCGAGGCCGGCAUGCCUGAGAGCACAGACAAGUAGCUGCAGCCCUUUAGGAAGGAGGAGUGGUGGAGAGGCCAGCUGCUGCCUGCUCACUCCCUCCCCUGAACCUUCCCUUCUCCCCUUCUCUGUCCCCAGUGCAAGCCCCCCACUGCCCUCUUCCCAAGGUGAGUUUGAUGCUGACGUGCAAGAAGUUUCUUGAAAUGCUGCCAUUUCUAUUCCGAAGCAAUCUUUCAACAGGCGAGUCCCCCAUGCAAAGCAGAUCUAAACCCUGUUGCAGACUUUCCACUCGUCACCCCAGGCGGAAUGUCCCAGCACUUGUCCCCUUGCCAUCUCCGUCUCUUGAUCAAAGGUGGAGUUUUCUGAGGACCUGGCUCCAGGGCUCCAGGGCCUUGGGCCCAGAGCUGUGCAGAGCAACGGGAAGACGAGUGGCCAUGCCUUGCAUGAAGUGUGGGUUGCUCCAGCCAUUCCCCUGGUCCCUGUCAUCCUCUUCAGUGCCAUUGUAGCUUCCCCAUGUCCCAGGCCACUGCCACCAGGUCCUCCCUCUUCCUCCAGCAUCAACACUCUCGCUUGGGAGUUGUAGCCACUGUCACCGACUCCUGGUUCUGUUCUGGUCCCUUUACCACAGAAUAGCCCUCAGGCCUGUUGAACUUGCUAAGAGACCAGGCUGGGUUCGGGGGGAUACCCAGAAGAGGUGGUGGCCCUCACGUGCUCACAGGCAGUGAGGACUGUGGAGCUGCUGGGAAAGAAACAGCUGUAGGUGCCUUGCUUCCUCCCCUGUGUGGCUGUGGGCGGGCAGUCCUGGCUUCGGGGCCUCGCCUGCUUGAACUGAAGCCAGUGUCUUAUCCCCACUCAGUCCCGUCCCAGGACCCCCUAGGCAGGAGCAGCAGCACAUCCAGGGCCUGGGCACGUGCUGGGGCCUCUCCCAUGGACUCUGCCCCUCCCGCUAUCAAGUGUUCAUGCUGGGAGGUGGCCUAUAGCUCGAAACAUGGAGCCAGCCCUCUCCCAUGAGAAUGAGGCCUCCUGUCAGCCCUUUGCUUACACACUCUGCAGGCUCAGCCUGGGGAGAGGGGUGGCCAGGGUGGGUCUUCUCCCUCGCGGAGAUGGGCCCAUUGGUUUACACGUUUUCUAAGCUUUUGAUAAUGUGAAGCUCCAGGUUAAGAGAUGCUGUUGAGCACAUAGCAGGUAUGUAAUUUUCGGUGUAUGUAUGUAAUAUUUAAGGUUGAAAGAAAAUAAAUUUCAAAAGCAAAGAUAUUAACUCUUAUUAGAAAAACAAACAGAAGCCAAAGCAUGACACGUCUUGUCCGCCUUAAGCUGGCUCCUCGCCUGAGCUGUGCCAUUCCCACCCAGCGGGCAGCGGCCACGGGAAGGACGGAGCCGGACCCCGGGCUGCGGCGCCUAGGGCCCAGGGUCUCCCGUGAGAAACAUCCCGAGUGGCUGGCGGGCUGUGCUUCCCAGUGCGUUGUUCAUGUGGAGAUGUGAAUGCCUGCUGCUUAAGAUAUCUGUAUAAAGUGCCGUGAUUAAACCUUUUUUUUACUUGCAUUUUUUUUGUUUGUUUGGCUCAUUACAAUGUACAAAAAAGACAUGGUGGCACCAUUAAACAUGCCUCUGCCAUUCA